AUGCCACCUCCUGUCGGCAGAUUCGGGCCCUCUGGCCUGAGCGCUCCCUAUACACACUUGCAGCAAGCCCACCUCCAGCAGCAACAGCAGCAGUCCCAGCAUCAUCCGGCUCAUGCCCAAUCCGCCAACACAGCGCUUCCGCCCCCAUCCCUGGGCGGCCACCCUGGCUUCGCGGCCGGUAACCCGAACACUAAUAUCAAUCCGUUUACCUUGUCUGGAACAGGAAUUGCAAAUGGCAUGUCCGUCGCAGGGUUUGCUGGGGCCGCUGACGGCGGAGGGACAGGACUCGCGAGCCAUGCGGCGCAGAUGGGCUUCGCAAGAGGCGCACAGAUGCAACAGCAGCAAUUACACCAGGCUCACGAUGGCCGGUUAGCGCUCGAGGGCAAGGCCGGUGCAGUGAAGACACGGAUACGUGAUGUGUGGAAGCACAACUUGGCCCAGGAGAUGGCUGUGUUGAGACACUUGGUCGAGAAGUACCCGUACAUCAGCAUGGAUACCGAGUUUCCUGGAAUUGUUGCCCGCCCGAUCGGAUCGUUUACGAACAAAGCAGACUACCAUUACCAGACGCUCCGAUGUAAUGUCGACCUCUUGAAGAUGAUCCAGUUGGGCAUCACUCUAUUUAACGCCGAAGGAGAAGUUCCCCCGCCUAACGCUACUGAUCCGAACGGCCAACCCUACGGCAACGCCUUGGUCCCCGCCCCGUGCACAUGGCAGUUCAACUUCCGAUUCUCGCUGGAGAAUGACAUGUAUGCGCAGGAGUCGACGGCCAUGCUCGCUAAGGCUGGCAUCGAUUUCAACAUGCACGAUAAGAAUGGUAUCGAUCCGUUUGAGUUUGGAGCAUUGUUGAUCAGUUCGGGACUUGUGUUGUUGGACGAUGUCCACUGGGUCUCGUUCCACUCCGGCUACGACUUUGGCUACCUGAUGAAGAUUAUGCUUUGCCAGCCUCUUCCCGAGAAUGAAGAGGAAUUCCACAAACUCUUGAACAUUUUCUUCCCCUCGCUCUACGAUAUCAAAUACCUCAUGAAACAUGCAGGACGGAAUCAGGCUGUCAACGACUCGCCCUUGACGGCUGCAGCAGCGCAGAUUCUCACCAACCUUGGCCAGAAGUCUGGACUUCAGGAUAUUGCCGAUGAGCUUGGUGUUAAGCGCGUUGGCAUUGCACACCAGGCAGGAUCUGACUCACUUGUGACCGGGGAAAUCUACUGGAAGAUGCGUCAACUGGUAUUCAACGGCUCAAUUGACGACAGCAAGUACUCAGGACAAGUCUGGGGGUUGAAUGGCCAAAUGCCUGCGCUGUUGUACCAGAUGCACCCGCACCAAACACCGAACCUCAACGGAGCCACCAUCUACUCCGCCGCUGGUACCCCUAGCACCCCCAACGCCGCCCAUGCCGUUACUGGAAACCAGACCCCCCACCAUAUGGGCGCCCUUACACCCGGAGCCGGAGGCGGAGUGUUGGGAGCAUUCCAGCUUGGAAAGUCAUGA